GUGUUCCUUACGAUUACAAAUUUAUAAACAAAAACAGCUAACACCAUGCCGAAAAUCCGACCAAAACGAGGGAAAUCUCGGAGUUCCAAAACUCAGAAAACGCCUUCGCCCCGCAAGUCGUAUCCCAGAUACGAAAUUCCUCGCUCCAAGCUGGACGCGGCCAUCAAAUUUCUGGAGGAUAAAUCUCAACCCAAAAAAGGACACCGGACCGCAUCAACGUUGGGCUGUGUGAAAAGUAUCCUGGGGAAUGUCACUGCUCCGUGGAAGGUGGACAAUUACAUCAACGACACGGCCAACGUGCUGGAAGUGGCCCGCCAUUGUGCCCUGCGGGGUCGCUGGCCGGAACUGAUGAAAACGGUCGCCAUCCUGAUGGAGGAUAUCCGCCGGUACGAUCUGCCGGCAGCUUUGCGGAAUACCCUGUACGCCAUCAUAGCUGACCCAGCACUGAACGAUCCGGCCUUCCUGGAAGCUUACCUGUUCUGCAACCCUCACUGUACCAAUCAGGGCGAUUUCAAGUACUGUGUGGACAGAAUUCUUGAAGUUUUCCAGGGCGUAACGAUCCGCUCUGCACGCAUUCGGGGUCGCGUGGUCAGCAACGAAGACGAACUCGAUGAAAGCAGCGAUGAAUCCGAUAACUGAUGAGAAAGAGUUUACAUAUGUUGAGAUCAUUCAUAUGACUGUGAUAAAUGUUUGUUAAACUUUAAAGACGAACAUGCCAAAAUAAAUCAAUUCAUUUUUCUCCUUUA